ACUACACUCCCCGGCAUGCAACUGGUUACAGCGAGCAUGCGCAGUGGCGCUCCAGCCACAGGCCUAGGAGCCUCCGCCUGGCUUCUGAGCAUGCGCAGUGGCAUCCAUGCGCCCACGCCGCCUCGGAGGGUCCUGGACAUCAUGGCGGAGCCGGAGGUUUCCUUACAGACUAGUGCCCGGACCCCGCAGGCUGCCGCAUCCUCCGCCGCCACCACUUCUUCAGCCACAGCGCCGCCUGCUUCCUCUGGAGGCGGGUCCGGAGGAAGCGGAAGCAGCAGCAGCAGCAGCAGCAGCAGCAGCAGCGAUCCGGUUCGCCCAGGAUUAAGCCAGCAACAGCGCGCGAGUCAGCGUAAAGCGCAUGCGCGGAGCUUCCCGCGGGCAAAAAAGCUCGAGAAGCUGGGGGUAUUUUCAGCGUGCAAGGCUAAUGACUCUUGUAAAUGCAAUGGCUGGAAGAACCCAAAUCCUCCCACAGCCCCCCGAAUGGAUCUGCAGCAGACAGUCACCAACCUCAGUGAGCCAUGCCGUAGCUGUGGGCAUGCUUUAGCUGACCAUGUGUCUCACCUGGAGAACGUGUCUGAGGAUGAGAUCAAUCGGCUUCUUGGGAUGGUUGUGGAUGUGGAGAAUCUUUUCAUGUCUGUACACAAGGAAGAGGACACCGACACCAAGCAGGUUUAUUUCUACCUGUUCAAGCUUCUGAGGAAAUGCAUUCUGCAGAUGAGCCGCCCAGUUGUUGAGGGAUCUCUUGGGAGCCCCCCAUUUGAGAAACCCAAUAUUGAACAGGGUGUUUUAAACUUUGUGCAGUACAAGUUCAGCCACUUGCCUCCCAAGGAGCGGCAGACCAUGUUUGAGCUCUCCAAGAUGUUUCUCUUGUGCCUAAAUUAUUGGAAGCUGGAAACGCCAUCCCAGUUCCGCCAGCGCUCACAAAAUGAUGAUGUGGCAACUUACAAAGUCAAUUAUACCCGGUGGCUGUGCUACUGCCAUGUCCCCCAGAGCUGUGACAGCCUUCCUCGAUAUGAAACCACCCAGGUCUUUGGGCGCAACCUGCUCAAGUCCACCUUCACAGUGACUCGUCGGCAGCUACUGGAGAAAUUCAGAGUAGAAAAAGACAAGUUGGUGCCAGAGAAACGGACUCUCAUCCUCACCCAUUUCCCCAAAUUUCUGUCAAUGUUGGAGGAAGAAAUCUAUGGGGAGAGUUCACCAAUCUGGGAGGCUGACUUUACUAUGCCUGCAGCAGAAGGAGCCCCCCUUGUUCCCCGUCCAGCUAUCAGCACUGUGCCUGCAGCCAGCACACCACUUUUUAGCAAAUCUUUGAGUUGCAGCUCAUCUUUGGCAUCCAUGAACCUUGAUGGCAGCUCAUUGGAUUCUGUGCCAGGUGAAAAGAGAAAACUUCCUGAGAGCUUGACUUUGGAGGAUGCCAAACGGAUCCGUGUGUUAGGUGACAUCCCAAUGGAACUUGUCAACGAAGUGAUGUUGACGAUCACAGAUCCAGCCGCCAUGUUAGGGCCUGAGACGAGUCUGCUGUCAGCAAACGCAGCCCGGGAUGAGACAGCCCGGCUUGAGGAGCGUCGUGGCAUAAUUGAAUUCCAUGUCAUCGGCAACUCGCUCUCUCAGAAAUCAAACAAGAAGAUUCUCAUGUGGCUGGUUGGCUUGCAGAAUGUUUUUUCACACCAGCUGCCUCGAAUGCCCAAGGAAUACAUCACCCGCCUGGUUUUUGACCCUAAGCACAAGACUUUGGCUCUGAUCAAGGAUGGCCGAGUGAUUGGCGGCAUCUGCUUCCGGAUGUUUCCUACACAGGGGUUCACAGAAAUUGUCUUCUGUGCAGUGACAUCCAAUGAGCAAGUCAAGGGUUAUGGGACCCACCUGAUGAAUCACCUAAAAGAGUACCACAUCAAGCACAGCAUUCUCUACUUCCUCACCUAUGCGGAUGAGUAUGCCAUUGGCUACUUCAAGAAGCAGGGCUUCUCCAAAGACAUCAAGGUCCCCAAGACCCGCUACGUUGGCUAUAUCAAGGACUAUGAGGGAGCAACUUUGAUGGAGUGUGAACUGAAUCCCCGGAUUCCUUAUACAGAGCUCUCACAUAUCAUAAAGAAACAGAAGGAGAUCAUCAAGAAGCUGAUUGAGAGGAAGCAGGCUCAGAUCCGCAAAGUCUACCCGGGCCUCACUUGCUUCAAAGAAGGUGUACGCCAUAUCCCCAUCGAAAGCAUUCCAGGCAUCCGGGAAACAGGAUGGAAGCCCCUGGGAAAGGAGAAAGGGAAAGAGCUCAAGGAUCCAGAUCAGUUGUAUACCACCUUAAAAAACCUCCUUGCACAAAUCAAGACCCACCCCAGCGCCUGGCCGUUCAUGGAACCAGUGAAGAAAUCUGAGGCUCCAGACUACUAUGAGAUCAUCCGUUUUCCAAUUGACCUCAAGACAAUGACCGAGCGGCUUAAGAACCGCUACUACGUCACCAAGAAGCUGUUCAUUGCUGACUUGCAGCGCAUCAUCACCAACUGCCGUGAAUACAAUCCGCCCGAGAGCGAUUACUGCAAGUGUGCCAAUACCCUUGAGAAGUUCUUCUACUUCAAGCUCAAGGAAGGGGGACUCAUCGACAAGUAGGAUGUAGCAGCCAACAGUGACUUUUCACUUCCAUCUCUUCCAGCUGGACAUCCCACUGGCUGCCUUUUGCCGCAUCUCACGCACAAAUCAGAUGCACUUGGCCUCCUCUUAGGUGAUGGAAGCAGGGGCAAGAAGACGUGGGGAGUUUUGUCUGUGCUUGACACGUCUCUCUCCAACAGACCGGGAUCUGCAAUCCGCUCUCUUGGUUUCUGAGCCUUCUCCCUCCGUCCAUUGUGUCUUCCUUUCCAGAGGAAAGUAACAGGGAGUCCUCUAAAAGACUGUUGUUCUCUUUCUUUCCAGAAGAGAUUCUGAAAGAUCGCAAAAGCAUCAGAGAUCCUACAGCUUGAGGGAUUUUCUGAUAAGGGACUGUACAAUAGCUUCUCCGCUCCUCUCCCAUUCUUUCCCAUUUUUGUCUGUGGGUCUUUUGUGUAGGUCCAUGCUUGCCGGGCUCUGGGAGUUUUGCUUGCUUGCACUCCCAUCGUUGCUUAAGGGCUCAGCCAUUUCUUGACAUAUGAAUGUAGAAAAGGGGAGCAGUGAAGGAAAGGAGCAGGAGAAUGGUGACAUAAACUGAUAUAAGUGACAUGGAGUUUUACCUCAUUCUCUUUUCCAUCAAGAGCCUUUGAGGAGACCUUCUCCACAACCUUGCCUUUAUUUUUAAGCCAGCAUAUGACUGUCUGCUUAGUCCGUCACUUGUGCGAUGUUUCUACUCCUGAGAAGAAAAUGGACCUUUGGUUAAAGUGUAUCUGGCUACAAAAGGCUGAUGGACAAGCCACGGGGUGGAUGAAUGGAUGGAAGGAAGGAAAAGAAAAUAGUUUCCUUCCCCUUUUUAGCAGUAUUGCCCUAUUCAUAGGGACUUGUUUCCAGUCACUGGCUUAAGCUGUCAGAAAAUCCACCCAAAGCCUGCUGUUACAUUGAAGCAUCACUUUUUCCUGGAGCAGGCCUGAGAAAUUUGGUUCUCCAGAUGAUUUUGACUGCGGCUCUCACAGUCUCAUUCCAUUUGCCAUGCUGGUGGUGUCUGGGGUGAGUUUUGAGCAAAAACAUCUGAAAGUAGUGGUAAUAAAUAGACAUUUACUCACACCAUUUCAGAUCUGAGCGUUAGAUCUUCCUCCAUCUUCCUGCUCAGAACACUCCUGCUUUACUGUCCUUUUCUCUUGUCCUUGACCACAUCAUUUUUGAACCAUUCCUGGUUACUUUUUCACCAGCAAUUAUCUGGCACCACGUUCUUCCUUUGUCAACUCUAGCAUGGUGCAAUGGUCUCCAUCCCGGGAUUCUAGUCCAUUUGUACCAAAACUGUCUGGACUCUUGGAAUUGGUGAUUGUGUAAGUUGCAUUGGUGUUAGUCUUUUUGCACCAGCCCUUUUCGUUCCUGACAUGCACUUUGCUAAACAUGGCGUCUCCCAUAUUGGACCUCUCUCAUCCUUGUUUCAGUUGUAUGUGUUUUGGGGAGUUGAGAGGGUUUUAAUGCCUGUAUCGGCAGUCAUCUUCACUGCUCACCAGGUAAUUUUAAAUUACUUCAGUGAAAGUUCUUGAAAUAUUAUUGCUCUGCUGUUAUGCAUGAACAUAACAAUCACUUUUCCUGAAAUGCCUGUCACAUCGGGGGUGGCUAAUACGAGGGUGGGUCAAAAAGUAAUAUUUCUUUCACAGCUACUGGAGUAUCUGUGCAUGGUAUGACAGAGGUAACCUUACUCUACUGAUAUAGUAGUUUCUUUUCCCAAUUAACUAAUUAGAACCAUGAAUCUGAAUUUACAAGAAAAAGUUGUCUUUGAAUUUCUAGCAAAGAAGGUUGUGCACCCAAGGAAAUCCAUAAUCGCUUGAAGAAUGUUUAUAAUUUGCUCCCUUCUGACUUUUAACUGUUUGGACCUCUGAACAACAACCUAUAUGGUUUCAGAUUCAAUGACUUGAAUGAUGUUAAAACAGCUUUAAAAUCAUGGGUCAUGAAACAAAAUCCUGAUUUUUUCCAAAAUGGUUUUGAUGCCUGGGUUAAAUGAUGGCGCAAAUGUGUCCAAAUUGAUGGUGACUGUGUUGAACGGUAGUUUUGUGUAGAAGAUAGCUCAGGCUAUGAUCUGUAGCAACUUCUGCUGUUAUAUGUUCAUUCAUAAUGGUUUUAUGGCACAGGGGGCAAAACUUUUUGACCCACCCUCAUAAAUGUGAAACGAGUUUUAAAAAACACGGUGAAACAAGAGGUUAAAACACCAGUUGUCAUUGCGUUGAAAAAAGCAACAGAGCCAUUCAGUAUUUGUGGAAGGGAGGAAUGGGAAAAAGUGGUUGGUAAGUCACGAAGACAAGUGGCACUUAUUCCGUUGCCAACCAUUUGGCUCCCUGCAGGGAUUUUGUUGGGGUUUUACUAGUUGCUGUAAGAUUGACAAUGUAGGAUGCAUCCACAUUGUACAAUUCAUGCAGUUUGCCACCACUUUAGCUGCCAUGAUUCAAUUCUAUGGAAACAUGGGAGUUGUAGUUUUACAAGCUCUUUAGCCUUCUCUGCCAAAGAGUGCUGGUGCCAAGCCAACCUACAACCCCAGGGUUGUUUAGCAUUGCGCGGCGGCAGUUAAAGUGGUGUCAAUUAUUAAACUAUUAAUUAUACAGUGUAGAUUUACCCAUAUACAGAACUACAUCUAUUUGAUUAACCUCACAUUAGAGAUACAACAUAAAACAUAACAGCCACCUGUCAGCAUCCUAUUAAUACAUUUUCCUGAGUUACAGAGUAAGGAAGGUGUAUUGUGGGAACCAGUUCAAACAUUUGCUGUUAACUCAUUCCAUUUUCUUUCCCCAACUUUUUGUGCACACUUGCUUUCCCUUCCUCUUACCAUAGGAGAGUUGUUUGCCCUUUUUGUCCUAUAGAACCUUAUGGGAGUAGAGAGAGGGAGGGAAACAUUUGAAUGAUGAUCCAUCUGCCUUCUCUGAAGCGAUCGUUGCCUUCUGUCCACUACAUUUGUAUGUUUAACUUGUACAGUUACAGAGCAUAAAAUCUACCAUUCUGGGCCUUUCUGUAUUGUUGUCAUUCCAUUUUUUUAAAUACGUCAGAGAGAAAAAAAUAAAGAGUAUGUCAGAAAAAAAAA